UUAAUGGAAAAUAGGACAGACAUGACACAGUUCAUCCUGUUGGGACUGACCAGUGACCCUGACCUACAGGUUCCCCUCUUUAUCACCUUCCUCUUCAUCUACCUCAUCACCGUGGUUGGAAACCUGGGGAUGAUCAUUUUGAUUCUCUUGGACUCUCAGCUCCACACUCCCAUGUACAUUUUCCUUGGUAACCUUUCCCUGGCAGAUUUUUGUUACUCUUCAGCUGUCACUCCAAAGGUCAUGACUGGGCUCCUUUUGGGGGACAAGGUCAUUUCCUAUAAUUCUUGUGCUGCUCAGAUGUUCUUUUUCUCAGCCUUUGGUACAGUGGAAAAUUAUCUCUUGGCCUCAAUGGCCUAUGACCGCUAUGCAGCAGUAUGUAAGCCCCUGCAUUAUACCAUCACCAUGACAACAAGUGUGUGCGUUUGGCUAAUCACAGGCUCUUAUGUCAUUAGUUUCCUGAAUGCGUCCAUCCACAUUGGGGACACAUUCAGUCUCUCAUUCUGUAAAUCCAAUAUGGUCCAUCAUUUUUUCUGUGAAAUUCCAGCAGUCAUGGUUCUCUCUUGCUCUGAUAGAAAGGUUAGUGAAGCAAUUCUUCUGUAUGUUGUGAGCUUUAAUGUCUUUUUUGCUCUUCUUGUUAUCGGGGUGUCCUACAUGUUCAUCUUUAUUACCAUCCUAAAGAUGCACUCAGCUGUAGGACUUCAAAAGGCUGUGUCCACCUGUGCCUCCCACUUCACUGCGGUCUCCAUUUUCUAUGGGACUGUUAUCUUCAUGUAUUUACAGCCCAUCUCCACUCACUCCAUGAAUAAUGACAAAAUUGCAGCUGUGUUUUAUACUAUGAUCAUCCCCAUGCUGAACCCCAUGGUCUACAGCCUCAGGAACAAGGAGGUCAAGAAUGCAUUAUUAAAGCUCAAGAGUGCAUUGAUGUUUUGGAGGCAAAAUAUUCUGUAG